AUGGAGAUGCUUGGAAUCGGAGUCGUCGGCUCGGACGCUGUUGAUGCCAUGGCUAGUCUGCCGGACAUCAUCUGCAAGCUGGCUGGGAUCCUAUCUGUCUCGGGAGGCAAGGGGAAGAUCCUCGAGCUCAUCGGGCCUGGCGUUCGAACUCUGGAUGCUACAGCCAUGGCCGCCAUAUGCAACACGUCUGCCGAAGUCGGGUCGUCAUCAUGCAUCUUCCCGUACUCGGAAUCCACGGGUCGUUAUCUCUCGGCCACUAGGCGCGACAGCGUUGCCCGUUACGCUGAGUCGUUCAAAGAGUCACUGCUCACAGCCGAUGAGGACAGCAACCAAUACUGCGAUGAAGUGAUCCACAACGACCUGACCACUCUUGAGCCGCACAUCAACGGCCCUUUCACGCCUGACCUACACCACUCGCUGCCACAGUUCAAAGCCCACAUCCAAGAGAGCUCCUGGCCUUCCAACACCAGCCACAGCAUGGUCGGCAGUCCAACAGCUCCUGCGAAGAUCUCGAGAAAGUUCAAAAUCUUGUCCAACAGGCCAAAAAAGCUGAAAGAGAAGUGCUCGGUCAUCUCCAGCUUCAACCAAAAUUCUACUAGUCGCCGUGACGGCAACCCCGCCACAUACUCAUUCGUCACAUCUCCCGAGAUCUUCACUGCUUUUGCUUACGCUGGCGACCUGUCUUCCAACCCAAGCACCGAUUUAAUCACGGUCGUUGGCGAGUCUGGCGUUAUGACCGACUUCCGCUUCACCCCUCCUACCGCUGAGGAGCUUCCGGACGCAUUUGUCGCUAGCAAUGACAUGUACCAGUCACCUGUACUGGGGAAUGCAGACCAGUAUAGGGUUGAAAUUGACGAGAACAGUGAACGACUUGGGCUUCUCGAGCCCUUUCCAGCUUGGAAGAAUGGCCGGGCCAGAGAGAUGCAGGUUCUUGUUAAUAAGGUUGCUGGAAAGUGUGCAACUGAUCGAAUCUCCCCGGACGGCCCUUGGUACAACUAUCGCGGCCAUCUCACCAACAUCAGCCACAACAUGGUGCUGGGAGCCUCGAAUAGCUUUCUCCCAGACAAUACCAUUCUCGAUAUGAUUGGCAAGACCAAGGAUCCCGCUGACGGAGACAACAACUAUGGCGAGGGGAGCUCACGCGAGCAUGCCAUUCUAGAGCCGCGUUUGCUGGACGGCACAGCUGUUAUCGUCAGGAGCUUUGCUCGUAUCCACGAGACCAAUCUCAAGAAGCAAGGCAUGCUGCUCCCGACGUUUGAUGGUCACGCGGACUACGGCAUAAUCCAGGAGGCUGACGUGAUCACAUUGCUGGGAGUCGAUGGCAAGAAGCUGCAGUCGACUAUCAUGACAGCCGCAUAUCUAUUGAUGGCUGCGUUCUCCCUGGUCCAAGACACUUUCCUUAUCAACGCCCACGGCUGUGUCAUCUACAACGAGCAGAUGUACGUUGUUACAAAUGGCGGUCCCAACGAGAUUGGUCAACUUUUCAAGAUCGACUCCAAGACUCUCAAGAAGGAGGUUCUGCUAAACGACUUCUGCCAGCAGCCGUUCCAGGGGUUCAACAAAUUGGACAUUGACCGCGACGGAAAUUCGGACAGUGAACAUAAACAAGUCAUAUCUCCCCCUGGAACCGGUGCCUCCGAUUUCAAACCCUUUUCGCAGAAGAGUGCUUUCGGUAACAGGGAUCUGUACGCCUUUGACGUGGCCAAGAACCGCAUCUUGACAAAUCAGAGAUUGCUUAACAACCCGAUUGCAUACUUUUGA